AUGGGCUCAAUUCCCUGUCACAACAAUGGCACUCACGUAUCAAAUGGCACAGUGAAGAAUGUCGCAGUCAUUGGUGCUGGGAUCAGCGGCGUCGUGUCAGCUGCUCAUCUCGCGAGGGAGGGGUUCGAGGUGACGGUCUUCGAACGCACCGGAGUUAUAGGCGGGGUAUGGUACUACGAUACGCGAGUAGACAGAGAUCCGCCCUUCCCAAACACCAUCCCUCCUGACCCGAACUGGACGGAGAUCGAGACGCAGGGCUUGAGCUUGGAGGACGUCGCGCUAAUUCACGGUCCUCCUGGUCCAUGCUAUGCCGGGCUAAGGAACAACGUCCCGACGUCAAUCCUGCGGAGCAGUCUGCUACCUUGGCCUGAAGGGACAGAUGAAUUCACCGAUCAGGGCGAUGUGAGACAAUAUGUUGAGGACGUUGCACGAGCUGGAGGCAUCAUCGAAAAGAUACACUUCUAUACCAGAGUGGAGAGUGUAUCAAAGCCUGUGGGAGCUCGCCAAUGGUCCGUUGAGACCAGCCAGCUUGAACUAGCUGACGGAACACAUUCCAUCAGGAGAGAAACCUCAACGUUCGGCGCUGUCGUGGUCGCCAGUGGUCACUAUCAUAUUCCCUUCGUUCCAGACGUACCUGGACUUGCCACAUGGAAAGAGCGCUUCCCAGGUCGCGUGAUGCACUCGAAGAAGUACCGUACUCCGGCCGCUUUCAAGGGGAAGACGGUGCUCUUGAUCGGCGCCGGUUCAUCGGCCUUGGACAUUGCCAAGGAGAUCGACGAACUUGGUGGUAAAGUCUACCAGAGCAUGCGCGAGAGCAAGUACGACCUCACUGCAAGCAAGAUUCCGAAGUCAGUCGAAAGGGUCCCUAUGGCUGUGGAAUUCGUUGUUGAUGAGGCGGCCGACCGGGAUUUCGAGACUGAUCUACGCGGUGGUGCGAUACCAGGAACAGUUGUACUGGAGGACGGGAGAGUUCUGGAAGGCAUCGACCAUGUCGUGGUUUCAACAGGAUACAUAACCUCCUACCCGUUCCUCGGACAUCUUGAGCAACCGUCUGUGCCGUGGGAAGAAGCCGACGACAAGGUACUCAUCACAUCCGAUGGUCAUAUGACGCACAACCUACACAAGGAUAUAUUCUACAUCCCAGACCCGUCCCUCUCCUUUAUCGGAGUGUCUCACCUAGUCUCGACCUUCUCCCUGUUUGACUUCCAAGCACAGGUUAUGGCAAAGGUGUUCUCGGGAAAAGUUCGUCUGCCGCCAGAGUCGGUCAUGAAGCAAGAGCAUAAAGCAAGAAAGGCUCGCUUCCAGCCAGGGGACAGGUUUCAUACUAUACCGUCCGGGGAGCAAUCGUACAUAUACGAGCUCCUUGACUGGGUCAACAAGGAUCUGACGGACUCCGGACUCGAGCCGAUUGAAGGCCUGGACAAGCAAUGGCAUGUUUCGUACGAGGUUCUGAAGGCGAAGAUGAAGGUGUAUCAACCAGGAAAGCCACUGGAACCGGAUGUGAUUGUCGAAGACCCGGUCCCGUCAGCGGAUCGCCUGAAGAGCGAAACAAUGGAAGGGGAUACUCGACUAGAGGUUGAAGUUUGA